AUGGCCACAGGCACCGUGGCGGGACUCUUGCUCUGCAAGCGCUGCUCCCUUCUGCUUUUCAGAGGCACCCAUAGAGGGUUUGGUGGCAGCAGAUGGCACGGCUCAAACCCUAGAUUAGUACAGAGUCACUAUAGGACUGUCAGAGGGAUGACCACCUCCAGGACAGAGACUGUCUUCAAUGUGUUUGAUAGAAGUAUGAAGAGGAAGCAAAAGAAUUGGGCAGCAUCUCAAGAUAACACUCAGGAGUAUGACUACCUCAAGGAAGAGGUGGCCGCUCGCAUUGCUGACCGUGUCUUUGAUGUAGCAAGAAUAUUUCCAUUUGCUUUAGAUCUGGGCAGUGGAAGAGGUUACGUUUCACAUAAUUUAACAAAG